UAAUGAUCUUAUUGGUGAUAUCAUCUAUUAUAUGCUCACAUGCAUACGAGAUUGAUGUGAAUACCUUUUCUAACUAUUUGGAUGUUCAAAAUAGACAUCUUCAUUUAGAAUGGUUGUUGAACAUGGAUAAGAAAUACAUCAAUGCUUCAUCUUCUUAUUCAUUUUAAGUUGUAGGUCGUUCAAUAAACAAAGUAUAGACAUUACUUUAUUCUAGAUUUCCCUUGAUAUCUAUAAACUAAAUAUCUAUUCUACAUACCUUUAAAAUGGAAUAUUACUUCCACAUACAAUUGACAGUCCAUAUGCUGACUCUGAUCAAGGUCAACGCCUAAAUAUUCAACUAGAUAGAACUUAUUACAGAGGUGAAUAUAUAGAAUUAUCAAUCAAAUACUCUAUUGAUUCUAGAUCCAGAUCCAUUAGCUUCAUGACAAAAGAAUAAACUUCCACUAAAAGUACUAUUAUCUCUAACUUUAGCUAUGCCAUAUCUAUUUUCAUAAUGUGAAGAUGCAAACUGUAGAGCAUUGGCUCCUUUAUAGGACACUCCAGCAAUCAAGUAAACUUACACUGCUACCAUCAUAUACAAAGAUACUGAGGCAAAAGAUGUUUUCAUGUCAGCCGAUGAAAGUAAAGAUCAAUUUAAAAUUCUUAAUAAACCACUAGAUGAAGCUACAUUUAAUUGGAAAUAUAAAUAUUUUAUUCAAAAUGUCCCUAUUCCAAGUUAUCUUAUUGCUAUUGUGGCAGGUAACAUUUAAAAGGUUCCAACAAGUGCUGGAAUUAGAACAUUUUUGGUAAGUGAACCUGAUAAAAUUGCUGCCUACGCUGAAGAAUUAAAAGAAAUGGAAUAAUUCUUAUAAGCAAUUGAACAAUAUAUUGGACCCUAUACAUGGGGUACUUACACUUUAGUAAUUUAACCUCCUUCAUUCCCAAUUGGUGGUAUGGAGAAUCCACUUUUAACAUUUGCUAAUCCUUCAAUCAUGACAGGAACAGGAAGUGGUUUAGCAGUAACCAUUCACGAAAUGGCACAUUCCUGGUUUGGUAAUACAAUCACAUGUGUUAAUUGGGCAAAUAUGUGGAUUAAUGAAGGAUUUACAGUAUUUCUAGAGAGAAAAGCAUCUUUAAUUCAUUAUAAGAUUCCUGAUGAUAUUAAAUUAAAUGCUAUCAUAGGAAAUACAUCUAUGUAUUCAGAUAUGCUUGGUUAUGGAUUAGAGAGUAAUUUUUCUUCAUUACAUCCUGAUACAACAGGACUUAAUCCAGAUGAUUCUUUCAGUGAAAUUCCUUAUGAAAAAGGAUAUCAAUUUUUAACUUAUUUAGAAUCUAUAGUAGGGGAAGUAGACUUUUAAAACAUGCUUAGAGCAUAUUUAGCAUAAUACAAAUAUUAAUCUAUUGAUCAAAAAGAAUUUUAGAACUUUUUAUUAAGAUACUUAUAAGAAUAAGGUGUAGAUGAUUAUUCUACAAAGAGAUAUAAGAUUUUAGAAAAUUGGAAUAAAUGGGUAUAUUCUCCAGGAUUACCACCAGUAUUUCUUGAUUUUUCAACCAAUAAGCUUACUUAAGCUUUAGAUUAUUCUAAUGCUUAUAUUACAGCUGAUGGUAAAUAACCACCAAAUUGGUAAGAUUAUAAAACUUUUUUGCAUACAUAAAAGUUAGUUUUCUUAGAAGAUCUUUUUAAGAAAGCAGAAAGCAAUUUAUUAAAAUUGAAUGUUGUUAAUUAAAUUGAUAAGGAUCUACAUUUAACUGAAGAGAAUGAUUAUGAAUUGAAGUUUAGAUGGUUUAGAGCAAUUUUAACAGUAGGAGACAAAACUAGAUUUGCAUAGGUAGCAGAUUUUCUUGGAUCUAUAGGAAGAGGCAAAAUGGUUUAUCCAGUUUAUAGAGCUUUAAAUUAAUUGGAUCAGUAUUAGUUUAUAGUAUUUUAGUGAUUUUGCUGUUUAAACAUUCCGAAGUCAUGAAGCAUUCUAUCAUCCAAUAGCUAGAAAUAACAUAAUAAACAUCCUUGGAUUAAAAGACUCAUUUAUAUAAUGAAAAUAAAUCAAUAUAUUUUAUGUAAGGAUUAAUUGACAUCGAACCAAAACAAUAUUUAGAUUUCAUUCUUCAUGAGAGUUUAAUAGCAAGUACUACUCUCAAUAUUUUCAACUUGACUCCUAAUAGUAUAUCCUUCAAAGUAACCAUACUCUCAUCACAAGAUCAAAACUACAACACCAAAUAUGUUUUAAGUUAAACCUAGUAUGGGGAUCAUUUAACCAAACAGUUAAGCAUCCAUUGAUAUAACCACAACGUUGCCAAUAAAAGAAGAGAACAAAUUAAACUCUAAAUUUCAAAUAAAUGCUAGCACAAUUGAACAAAAUGAUGAAUAGGGUAUAUAAUCUAUAUAAAAACAAAGAUCUGGCUAACUUUUGGAAAUAUAAAGAUGCAUCAUUUAUUUAAUAAGUAUAAGUGAAAAGUAGACUUAAACUUCAAGAAAUAAAACAAGAGAUAAUUCAAUAAGAAUUGCAAUAAAGUGUGAUUUCAGAGACACAUGAAAAUGUGAGUUAAAUGUAUUAAUCAGUUAUUGAUUAAUAAUCUAAAGAAAAAGAUGAAGAAAUUUAGAGAUAUUAAGAACAAAUUGAUUCUUUAGUAAGUUCUAUAUAUAUAUUUAUAGUAAAAAGAACUUUCUGAUUAUCAAUUGAUGUUAAAGAGUGUGAAAUAAUAAGAAGUGGCUAUCAAACAUCAUGGUAUAUUAUAUUUCUUAUUUCUAAAUAGGUAAUAAAUUUGAAUUGAAACAAGUGUUGAUCAUUGCUGCAAUAUCGCUCAUUUUAGGAUUUAUAUUUGGAAAAUGAUU